AUGGGCAUCGUGGAGCUGCUGCUGUUGUCGCCGGUUCGGGCGUUUGUGGGAGGAGUAGCCGCGGGGGUGCGCGACCUCCGAGCCGCCAGGGGGCGCCAUUCCCCAGCGCGCCGUCAGGCGCCGCGCGUGCGCAGUGCGGGGAGGAUUGGCCUCUCUGGAGAGGGCACAGAUGCUGUAGUCAUCCUGGAAAAGACUCCUUUCCAGGAGGAGAAGAUCCCAGACCUGCUGAAGAAGCCCAUGAAUGCAGAGUUGCAGAUGCACAAUGACAUUUACUGCACCUUCUACCUGAGCCCUCCCCCGGAGCUGAGUGAGAUCAAAGCCACAGUGGUGUACCCUGCCACAGAGAAACACAUCCAGAAAUACCUGCGUCAGGAAGUGCACCUCAUCCGUGAAACCUGGGAGGAUUACAAGAACAUUACCCUGCCCUUCAUCCACUCCCAGAGCUUCAGCAUCCAGUGGGUAUAUAAUAUCCUGGAGAAGAAAGCUGAGACUGAUCGAAUCGUCCAUGAAAACCCAGAUCCUUCCAAUGGCUUUGUUCUGGUUCCAGAUUUAAAGUGGAAUCAAAACCAGCUGGAGGACCUGUACCUGAUUGCCCUGGUGCACCGCCGGGACAUCAAGUCUCUGAGGGAUCUCACAGCUGAGCACCUCCCGCUGCUCAGGAACGUCCUGCAGGAAGGGAAGGAGGCCAUAGUGAAGCGUUUUGGCGUGCCCAGCUCCCAGCUGCGGAUCUACCUGCACUACCAGCCCUCCUACUACCACCUGCACGUGCAUUUCACCGCCCUGGGCUACGAUGCUCCAGGCAGCUCUGUGGAGAGAGCCCAUCUCCUGGCUGAUGUCAUCGACAACCUGGCCAUGGACUCCAUGUACUACCAGAAACGGGCUCUGACCUUUCCCCUGCGGGCUGAUGAACCCCUGUUUAAGAAAUUCCAGGAGGCAGGAAGAUUGUGAGGAGGCAGAGGUGCUUUUGUUUUUGUACAAGGUGGGGCCGAUGAUCUUUUGCAAUGGAAACUGUUGUCUGUUCAAGUCCAUUAAAACAUUGAUUUUGAAUGUUUUGUAGCACA